GGGUUCUGUGUCUUUAAAUCAUUAAGCUCCUCCCCCUCACAAGUCGGGUGCGCGUGCUCGAUGUGCGCGUGCCCGUUGUGUCUUUUUGAGAUAUGAUGGACUCCGGUUCGGAUUCUCCGCUCUAUCUGGGCCUGGAUUUCAGCACGCAGCAGCUGAAGGUGGUGGCUAUUGAUGGAGACCUGAACGUGGUCCAUCAGAACUACCUGCAGUUUGACUCGGAGCUGCCAGAGUUCAGGACUCAGGGAGGAGUUUACCUACACAUGGACAGACUUACUGUUACCUCACCUGUUCUGAUGUGGGUCAAGGCUCUGGACCUGCUGUUGGACAAGAUGAAGAAGGAGGGCUUUGACUUUUCCCGGGUCAGAGCGCUGUCUGGCAGUGGCCAGCAACAUGGCAGUGUCUUCUGGAGGACAGGAGCGUCUCAGACUCUGGCCCAUCUCCACCCGGACCAGAACCUGCACCAGCUGCUGCAGGACAGCUUCUCAGUUCUGGACAGUCCAGUAUGGAUGGACUCCAGCACCAGCUAUCAAUGUCAGAACCUGGAGGUGGCAACAGGGGGCGCUCUGAGGCUGGCACAGGUCACCGGGUCCAGAGCCUAUGAGCGUUUCACAGGAAACCAGAUCUGCAAACUGUAUCAGAGCAGAUCGGCCCGGUUCUGGUGUACCGAGAGGAUCUCAUUGGUCAGCAGCUUCGCAGCCUCACUCUUCCUCGGUGGUUUCGCCUCCAUCGACUACAGCGAUGGUUCUGGGAUGAAUUUGUUGGACAUCAGGACCAAACGCUGGUCUGAGGUCUGCCUGGAAGCCACCGCUCCUCAUCUGGGGCGCCUGCUGGGGCUCCCAGUGCCAUCCACAUCUGUAUUGGGUCCUGUCUCCAACUACUUUGUGCAUCGAUAUGGUUUCUCUGAAAACUGCAGCGUUGUGGCGUUCACUGGUGAUAAUCCAGCGUCUCUGGCAGGAAUGAGGCUCCAGCAGGGAGACAUGGCUGUGAGUUUGGGGACGAGUGACACCGUCUUUCUGUCGAUCCAGGAGCCUCGCCCAGCGCUCGAGGGCCACAUCUUCUGUAAUCCGGUUGACCUGGAGGCGUACAUGGCCCUGCUGUGUUUCAAGAACGGAUCGCUAACGCGAGAACGGAUCAAGAACCAAUGCAGCGGGGGAACAUGGGAACAUUUUUCAGCCACUUUGAGAGAGACUUCGCCAGGAAACAACGGAAACAUCGGCUUUUAUUUUGACAGUCAGGAGAUAACCCCUCCUGCCAGUGGUGUUCAUCGUUUUGACUCGGAUAACUUUGAGGUGUCCCAUUGGAGUCCUCAGGUGGAGCUCCGGGCUCUGGUAGAGGGUCAGUUCCUGUCCAGAAGGCUUCAUGCUGAGCGGCUCGGGUACUCCAUCACUGCAGGAACCCGGGUUUUAGCGACUGGAGGAGCUUCAUCCAAUAGAGAACUGCUGCAGGUUCUGGCUGAUGUGUUCAGCGCUCCGGUUUACACCAUGGAUCUGUCCAACUCGGCCUGCCUGGGGUCGGCCUACAGGGCGCUGCACGGCUUGGUGGCAGAGUCUGGAGUUUCAUUCUUUGAUGUGGUGAAGAAAGCUCCAGAACCACAGCUGAUCGCCACCCCAGACCCAGCAGCCACGCAGGUGUAUGACCAGAUGUUGAGGCGUGUUGCACAGCUGGAGGACAGAGUCCUGCAGAAGAACCGUACCUGAACCACAGUCAACCAAUCAGUGAAGUUGGAUCUUGAGGUUCUGUUUGGGCCGAACCAGAACUGGGACGGGUUCUGGUUCCACGUUGAUCAGAUUUCAGUUUGUUUUUGAUCAAAUUAAUAAAGAAAUUAAACAAC